GAACGAAACACACAAAAAACAGCUUAAAUUUUAAAUUCGAUACAUUUUACCAUGUCCGAGGACGAUAAUUGGUCGGUAAAUUGUUUCGAUGCAAGCGACUGGAUGCCAUCGCCGGAAGAACUGGAAACGGCGUACUGUGCUCUGGAAAAGGGAACUUACACACUGGAACUGAACUGGAAAAACCCUGGACGCAGAGCACCUUCUCCGGCGAAAAAGGACGAACCAAAAGUUACCGAAAUAGUUGAUAAAGAAGCUGCGGCUAAAAACAAAGAAUUCGAUUUCAUGGAUGACGUCGCACUGCCACAGAUGCGCGUCCGCGGCCAAACUUCCGGCCCGAAAGGAUCCGCCAAAAAGAAGACGACCAACUUUGCCGGUGUGCUGGAUCACAUGAAGAAGCACGGCCGGUUAACACAGUCCAAGGAUAGUUCGGGCACGUAAACGGGUACCGGGGUUGCAAACGGGUGGUGGUGUUAAUGUUUUACACUCCCUCCCUGCUGAACGGUGUUUGGUGUUGGUUGGGUGUGAUCGGGCUGAUAUUUUUAAGUAACGUGCAGCGAGUCAACGCGGCAAAUGGGAAAUAUUCCCGACCAUGUGGUCACAACCCGUUGAACCACGUCAAUCAUGUAGCCGGUGCCCGUAGCGUAGUGAAAGGUGGCCCGGUCAAUGCGCGGUGAGGAGAAGGUCAGCAAAGGGACAAAUUAAUAGAUCGAUCGACCGUUAAACGACAGUAAACAGUUUAUAAAUAAAAUUUACGAUGAAGGUUUUACGCUUUGCUGCCAAACGUUGGUAGCAGGAAGAGCGAACAGAAUUGACCCAUGGCUGCACUCAUCGUAAAUAAAUAGCAGCUGUUGUAAUAAUUCAUCGAACACUAUAGUAUUUUAAGCAAGCACACAAUUUACUGUAUUUCAUA